GACUACCGGGGGCGAUGGGGCAAGUUAGCCUAGCUUCAGGCCCAACUGUAAGGUAGCAAUGCGAGGUUUUCUUCGGUGAAGAUCUCAGAACCCAAGCCCCGGUACGGAUAAAGAAGAAAGAGAUCGAGCGUAGGGGAAAAAGCAAAGACUGAACCCCUGUGAAAGUGUAUCUUGCAAUGCCUUGCUUUGGCUGUUGGUUCAGGGUCAUUCUCACCGCGUCAGCGCGUCUAAACAAGGUAUCCAAUCCUUUUCCCAAAUCGCUCCGAAUCCUCCAAUCAGUUAUCACUUAUAAGAUGGAUUUAAUAUCCCGAAUAUCCGGGCACGACACCAGCCUUGGCACAUCGGUAUUUUCCCUUAUCUCAACAAAGCGCAACCUCCAACGUCGCAGCGGAUCUGGGGUCAUCUAGUUUUGGAAUGGUUUAGAACAGUGGGUUAUGGUCUAAAAAUGAUGCUACACUUUUACCGCUCCGCUCUAAUUCUCUUACCGAACUUCCCUUCGGCAAACACCGUCUGUGGAGUUGCCUGAAUCCUUCGUCUUGAAAAGGAAGAAAAAUGUCAGGGGCACGGAAAAAUAAAUUGGGUCUGUGCUUGAUGUUGCGAGAUGAACCUUUAUGCAGACAUGGUCGUCACUUCAGGCAAAACCACAGUUUCGCCUUUCAAACUCUGCUGGUCGCCCUUUCUCACUAAGAUAUUAUCAAGACCCCUAAUGUCAAGAAUUCAGAAGCCGUUGAGACUAUGGGCGGUAUGUGGGUGGGAGCGGGUGAUUGUUCCCUCUAAGCAAAGCUAUCGCGAGUCAGAGACAGUCUAAGACUCGAAAUGGCGGUAUGCCCCGAGACUAAAAGAUUUACACCGCGGGCAACGCGUUUCGAAUGCCCAUAAGCGCAACCAAUCG